AUGGGAGUACAAAUGAGAACGAAGACCGAAGAAACGGCUGAGCCUCUGAUCGAAAAUAACAACAAGGAUGGCGUGGAAGAACCUCUGAAGCCACAACCUCCACAAAAACGUGAAAUAUUGUGGGCCACAGCUAUAUAUUUAACCACUUGGCACGUGUUAGCUGUUAUCUGUACGAUACUUUACUGGAAGAAUGUCAAAGUGGCUACCAUCUUAUGGAGUCUCCUUGUUGGUUUCAUUGGUCAAUUUGGCGUAACUGCUGGUGUACACAGAUGUUACUCUCACAGAGCGUACAAAGCCAAGUAUCCUUUGCAAAUCAUUCUUCUGGCUUGCUAUUCAGUUGCUGGACAGUACAGAGUAACAGAUUGGGUUCAUGACCAUAGAUUGCACCAUAAAUUCAGUGACACUGAUGGUGAUCCCCAUAAUGCUAAACGAGGAUUGUUCUUCUCUCAUAUUGGUUGGUUGAUGCAACGUGGACACCCAGAAGUAUUCCGUCGUAGCAAAACCAUUGAUAUGACUGAUAUAGAUAACAACCCCUUAGUUCAAUUUCACACAAAAUAUUAUUGGUUUUUCAAAAUAACUUUUUGUUUCGUAUUGCCUGUACUUGUACCCAUAUUCUUUUGGAAUGAAAGCUGGAUGGAAGCAAUUGGAAUUAGUGGAGUAUUGCGGUUCGUGAUUUUCACCAACAUGACAUUUUCAAUCAAUAGCUUGGCUCACUUCUGGGGAACAAAACCAUAUGACACGCGCAUAAGACCUGUUCAGAACAUGGCUUUGGCUAUAUUGACUACUGGUGAAGGCUGGCAUAACUAUCACCACGCAUUCCCAUGGGACUACCGGGCAGAAGAAUAUGGUGGAAACUUUACCAACCCAACUACCAUUGUCUUGGAUUUCUUUAAAAAAAUUGGAUGGGCAUACGACUGCAAAACACCAUCAGCAGAUCUCGUCAGACAAACGGCUACCAAGCACGGAGAUGGAAGUUGGAGCGAAGUACCAGUUGAGGAAUGCAAAUAG